GCAAUGGCAAUGACGGCAAUCUCGGGCAUCGUUGGUAUACCAGGUGAUCGCAAUACCCGACAACGGUUAUGCAUUCAGUUCAGUUGACCGAUUUGUUGGUGACCGAUAACACCUCAAUAUCACCUUCCGAUAAUAAUUAUUGAGUUUUCGUGUUUUGUGGCUGUUUUGAUCAUGAUGGGACAUGGACAAACUAUAAUACAGUAUACCGUAAGGGAUAAUAUAUUAUGCAAGUGAAUUUAUCAUAUCACAGUGACUAUGUCAAUUAAUAUGGUUGAGGAUAUUUCGGAAUUGCAACAACGUGAACUGGACUAUAGAGGAUAAUCACAGUUUCGAUUUUUUCGAAAAUGCGUCCUGGCAACGGUGACCACUCUGUAGAGGUCGAUCACGUGGACAACGGCCUCAAGAACAGAAGGGUCGAUGCAUCCGUCCAAACUACGCAUCUCGUCCCUUAUAGGUUAAGGUUCCUGCCUCCUACUAGCUGCGACGUCAAGCUGGGCCCUUCCGAGCCGAGCUGCGCUUUGCGGAUCAGCUGCUGCUGCAGGGUGCUGAGCCAGUGGCUGCUCUCUCAAAUCGGAUUGAGCUUGGUGGUGGUGGUGUGGGCUCUGCUCGGAGCUCUUGCGUUUUUCAAUACUGAAGGUCCCAGGGAGCUCGAGCAGUCCCAAAAACUAUCCAAGAUCCAGAAAGAGCUUUCAGUCGAGCUGACUGAGCAAUUGCAGCAAAUCGAGGACCGACAGGAGGCUUGGCAGCUGGUCAUCCACAGGUGUUUCGAGAGGCACGAGAAGCUAUUCCUGGAGGCAGUGGGGGCGGGAUUCGGAGAGGGAGGCGGCGGCACGAUCUGGACCUACCCUGGGUGCGUGCUGUUCGCCGUUUCCCUGCUCACUACCCUGGGUUUCGGUGCCCCAGUCCCUCGAACACCCCUUGGGCGCAGCGCCACUGUCCUGUUCGCCGCCGUCGGCAUCCCCCUCCACUUCCUGCUGGUGCUCAACGUGGGCCACCUGGGCGCCCUCAGGCUGCAGCAGCUCGCACAACGGGAUCGCCACGCCUCCCAGGCGCCUAGGGUCGGCAAGCCGACGUGGCUCAAGUGCUUUCCGUUCGUUUCCAUCGCUUUCUACUACGUUCUAGGAGUAGUGAUAUUCGGCGUCUUACGUAACAGGCCGCCGGUGGAAAGCUUGAUGUUCCCGCUGGAUUUCACGGCGGCAGGUGGCGUGGCGAACGUUCAAGGCCAGACCAGGGUGUUCUAUGCGCUCUAUCUAGAGGCGGCCGUGACGCUGGCCGCCAUUGUUGUCUCCCUGUUGCAGGCCUCGGCCAGCAGGGGCAUCGUGGAUGUGGGGUUGAGGAUGGGGCUGUUGACGAAUACUUGAAGGAGGGCGAGAGCUGCCCAUAUAGAACGAGUACGUCUUCAAAACGUACUGUGAACGUCCAGCCAAGACGUUUCGUAGGUACUGGGGACGUCCAGAUUAGGACCGUCCAUUCAGGUCCAUGAAUACCUGAAUCAACGUAGAUCCGCUCUUUUCUCAGAUAAUGGAAAGAGAGAUCUCUUCAGACUAAACAGAAUAUUUUGAAUGAAAAAUGCAAAUAAUGCGCUCCUACCGGGGUUGGAUCCCGCGACCUCUAGAUUACCGGGCGGAUGCUCUACCUUUAUUACUCUGAAGAAGACGUAUAAUACUUUCAUACAAUUAGAUGAUCACGCAGUGUCGGAUUAGCCCGUUACCACCGAUAAAACAAGGCCUGCAUGCUCCGUGGGUGACGUCACUUAGUCAGGCCUAACCAGCGGCUUAUAAGGCGACCGCGUAUUUCGAUUUUAGUUUUAGAUCAUUAUUGAGCCGAUUUUGCUUUUUUUUCGAAGGGCUUCCGGUUGAAAGAGGAUGCCAGCCGUCAACUGAGCCCUUCUUCGCAUCCCAUUCGAUUUUAUUAUGGAAAAACGAAGUUUCGAAGCAAAAACCAGAAUAAAACACAAAUACCCACCUACAGCAACCCAUUCGAAUUAAAUAUAUUGGCAAAAAUUGUAGUGAUUCAAUCUCAUUAGAGGUAAACUUCACACCUACUUAUACAGGGCCCGCAGAACAUAAACUUAUCAUGAGAUUGAUCGAAAGAAAAUUGGGGAAAAUGUAUUUUAGUUUGAUAGACAUGCCGUUUGUUAUACCUAAUUACCUAUAUUUAUCUUGGAGAAUUCCUAUUACCUGAAAAAUUAGCCAGUGAGUGUUUUCAAUUUCCUGUUGUUGGAUUUUUUAUCCAAUUGGUCGUUAGACUUGAAACAGUAAUUUUUAAGUAGAGUGUUUGUAGUACAUGUUAAUAUAAUAGUUGCAAUUUGAUCAUUGGAAUGAAUUCUGCAUUCAUUGCCACGAGGCAAAUGACCGUUUUCAGAAAGAAAUUUGAGAAUGUAAUGAGUCAGAAACCAAAGAGUCCAAUGCAUUCGAAAUAUGUUUCAAAACCCUCUUUUUCUGAUUAUCAAGACAUUUUCCCGAAUUAUGUAUCUCGUUUUCAUCUAUUUCAAUUAGUAAUUCCUUGAUUUGAUUGAUAUUAUUAGAGAUAAAAGGUGUUUUCAGAUUGGCUUUAAGAGAUGUUUGUAUCGCUAGGUCAUACAAAAAUGAUUCCACAUUCAAAACAAAAUCAAUCACAACCGAAUAUGUAAUUACGGGCCCUGGAGAAUGAGACAAUUUGAAUAAGGUGACUUUUUGCAAAUCGAUAAUUUUGAACCACUUUUCAGGCAACUGAAAAGACUCUAAUACAAUUCUUGAAAUUCUAUGUAGCAAAAUGAUUUUUGGUUAUUUUCGAAUUCAGUUUUACUUUUGGUAAGUGCUUGUGCCAAAUUUUUAGUCUCUAGUAUCUCAAGUUUUUCAUCACGACUUGUGCGUAAUUUUACAUCUUUCGAUAAAUAAGAUGGACAGUUGGGAAAUUGAGUGGGAAUAACAUCUCGUUUGAGCCUAGGAAUUUUCAAAUCUAUUGUUACAGUUUUGCCAGUUUUUGAAUCGGUUGCAGUAGAUGAAGUAAUAAUAUCAUCUUUAGUGAAAUGUAAUUCACAUACUUUACUGUACUUAGAUGGAGUCGUAAAAUCCUUGCGGUGAAUUGCAUUUACCCACUUUUUCGAUAGUUCCUUGUCCAACGGGAAACUAAAAGCAUGAACUUUUGGACCACCCACAUAAUUCCCCCGACAAAAGGGAACACAACACUUGUAAGGCAUUGUUAUUUCGCCUAUCACAACACGAAAUAUUUCACAAAACAGUAAUUUCUCCGCCAAUUAUUUCGAUGAAUAAACAACAAGAGAAUUCGAGCCGUUACCACCGAUAAAACACGCGAUUUACCUACGCCACCGUUCUUAAACAAAAACAAACUGACGAUCGAUCGACGCGAAUGCCUUGGAAGAUGGCCUGAGUAUGCGACGUCACGAGCUGUUUACGUCAGAGUCUGCUGGCCUUGUUUUAUCGGUGGUAACGAUUAGCCACGUAGCAAGAGUAGCAAAUGCUACGGGCCCUGCGAAUUGGGGGGCCUCGCGCUCCAACGCCUGUCCAGCCUUGUCUGGCCUGUCUUACUAUGAAAAAUUGCAUCAGAUCUGUACGACCGUGAAGAAUACUAUCAGCAAUUAACAUAGGGACGAAUCAAGCGAUGUUCAAAGUACGACACCUGGACAACGUUUUGAAGUUCAGGUAUUUAUUUCCCUUAUCGAUAACGUACUGUCUGCUUCAACUAAACGUUUGAAAGAAUUUCAUAAAAUUACUAGUGUUUUUGGAAUACUUCGACAGCGAAAGAGAUUCUGGAAAAAUCCUCAAUAAUGGUCAGUGCUCACACUGAUGAUUUGGAAACCAGCCUAGGCGACGAAUUAGUGUAGAUCGUUGAGCUGCUCAAAACCAUGCAAAACGAAUGUGGGUACUGUCAUUCAGAGCACCAAACAGGAGCCUCAGAAACUACAAUUUUAUAAACUUUCAUUGAAUAAUUCUUUAGAUUCAUGUUUCCCAAACAUAAUAAUUGCCUUGCGAAUUUACGUGUAUCUCAUGAUCGCUAUAGUAACGAACGUUUUUUUCAGUUUCAAAACGUAUCAAAAAUGAGUUAAGGAACAUGAUGGGCCAAGAAUGUCUCAAUCAUCUCACUUUGAUAAAUAUAGAGCAUGAUUUGCUUGAAGAAGGCGAUAUUGGAAGUGUUAUCUCUAAAUUUGCCCAUAAUAGGUAUAUCCAUAGAAGUUUAUUUGUGAUAGUUUCGUUUUAUUCCAUUCAAUACUCUGAACUUGAUAACCUGAAGCAAACCAAGGGUCCCUUGAUAGAAUUUGCGACAGGCCACGCGCUGGCUUAAUCCGGCACUGUGACCACGACAUGGAUUGCCUAAUAGAUGUUUUAUGAUUAGGUACUGCCAGUCAAAAAUGAAUUGUGAGAAUUGUAUUAUGCUCAAGUUUCCUAUAUGAAUAGAUAUCAGAGAUAGACGGUAGAAAUUAUAUGCAAUGAUUUCAAUAAUCAUUAUACAAUGUAUUCAAUCCCGUCCACAAAAAUUUGAUAACGUUCAGAGUUGGACGUUCCCAGUACAUCGGAAUCGUUCGUACUCAGUACGUCUAGAAAUGGACAUUUUCAGUACGUCUUGAAAAGACGUUCAAUACUAAAUCGGACCUAAAAUGGAAGUCCCCAGGACGUCGAGUAGAUGAGCUCUGGUUGUAAAUGAGUUGCUGUAGGAAGUGCUUGUCGAAGAUUUUAAGUCAAUUAUGUUUUUGGGAAGUACCUGACGCACUAAGCUGAAGCUUCAAUCAAAAUUAUGGUCUUAUUAUAGUAUUUUGAUGUGUAGAUCGAACAAGUUGGAUGUUUUGACUCUAUAAUCUCAAAAAACGCACAACUGAACAUAUUUUUUGGGUUGUGAAAAUGUUUCGAAAUAAUUAACCUGAUUACGAAUAAAAGAGGUACUUAAUCUCCUAUUUGCAAAAGUGCCUGUGAUAUUUGAGAAAGAUCCGAAGUAUUUUUUUAUGAUAAUCAUUCCAGAAAAAAUCGGAUGAAUUUAUUGAAACAGAAUGACUACCUACAUGAAAACAUUUCACGUCAGAAUAUUGAGGUAUAAACUGUUUCCUAUUUUAUUCGACAUUCGCAACAUAUCGACUAAAUUAGGAGACAAGUCACACAACUUCACAAUCUUUAGAGGUGAAUCAUUUUGCAUAUUUCUUUAGGUUAUUAUCAGGGUGAGUCAUAACUAUUGGGACAAGACUAUAAGGGCGGAUGUUUGGAACCAAAAUAUGGCGAUAGAUAGGACCAAAUAAGCUUUGAUAAAAUAUUGCUGUGGAGAAAGAUACAGGGCGUUCUAAUCGAAAAAAUUUGAUUCAGUGAUAAGAAAUCCCACCAGCAACAAAUAUCUGGCAGUCCAAAGCACACUCUUCAUAAAUGAAAUUAUGUUUGAAAUCCCCUUCCGAGUAUUUGAACAAUAUUUUAUUGAGGCAUAUCCGGUCCUAUCGUUAUAUAUUUAUGUCCAAACAAUCCUCCCCUAGCCUUUGUCCCAAUACUUAAGGCUCACCCUGUACCCUGAGUCAUUUUCAUUAAAUCCAACUGAAGGGAAAUAUACUUGCUAAACUUGUAAUGCCAGGAAACUAAAAUAUUUAUUCUGUUUUGAUCCAUUCCCUAGAUUUAUGAGUAGGUUUCUAGAAGUUUAUUAUAAUGUUUAACGAGCACGAAAUAAUAUGCAUUUCCCGCACAAGAAUAAGAGUGGGAUACAUAUUUCCUUGAUCAUUAAUCUGUGAUUAUGAUUGUAAUAUAAAAAACAAAACGCGAUAUAUAAUUAUUGAUUUUUCAAUAUUUAUUGUUAUUGUUUUAAUACAGAAUAUAUCAGAUUAUAUACCAGAGAAACUAAUGAUGUUUAUACGGUUGAAUCUCAAAAUUGAAGUGGGUACUUGAUGGAAAAAAAAAUUGACAGUUGAUCUCAUACAUAUACUAAUGUAUAAUGAAUAUUUGAAUUAGGAUAACUGUUAAGAAGUUUUGAACUGAAUUAUUCCUAAUAUUAUUUCCAUCUUUACUACCGUGUGCAUAUGAGACAUACUGUAAAGUGUGAAUUAUGACG